AUGAUAUUUGGAAGAGGAGAGCGGAAGGUACCAAUUUUCGUAAUUCUUGCUUGUCUUGUGUCCCUGUACAUUUUGAUAAAUUUUAGAAUCAUUCCGGAAACCACACUAGAGAAGGAAAGCAAAGAUGGAAACUCUUCUAGAAUUGCCCAUUUAAAAAGACAGAUUAUCAUUCAAGAGCAUAGAAACAGUUUACCGGAUAAGUCAUUGUAUGAGGAAGAGAAGGAGGUACUAAAUGAUGGUGGAACCAUAAUUUAUCACAAACGUUAUCUUGAUGAAACGAUGAAUCAAAGAGAAAAUGCAACAAUAAUGACUCUAGUCAAGAGUGCUGAGCUUUACAACUUGUUACCUACAAUUAGAAACUUUGAAGAUAGGUUCAACAAGAACUUCCACUAUGAUUGGGUGUUCAUCAAUAACGAGAAAUUCACCGAAAGCUUUCAAGCCCAGGUCAAAAACAUUUGCUCCGGUAGUGUAACAUUCAUUCAGCUUCCUGAGUCUAUGUGGUCAUAUCCGGAGUUUAUAGAUCAAAAAGCUGCCACAAUAACACGACAUCAGAUGCGUAGACGAGGUAUCAAAUACGGUGGAAGUAUUGCUUACAGACAUAUGUGCCGAUUCUUUAGUGGAUUGUUUUAUCAGCUGGAAGAGUUAAAAAAAUACAAGUAUUACUGGAGGAUAGAACCUGAUGUUGAAUUCAGAUGCUCUAUAAAUUAUGAUCCAUUUAAAGCCAUGCGAUUGGAAAACAAGGUGUACGGGUUCACUCUGGCACCUUUAGAGCUUCACACAACGAUUCCAACACUUUGGAAAAAUACCCUUGAGUACAUGAAGAAAUACCCUAAAAGAAUAGCCAAGGACAAUAACUUUAUGUUCUUGACAGAUGAUGGUGGUAAAACAUUUAAUAUGUGUCAUUUUUGGUCAAACUUUGAGAUCGGAGACCUUGAUUUUUUCAGGAGUGAUGCGUACACACAUUUCUUCAACUAUUUAGAUCAUAAAGGAGGAAUUUACUAUGAGCGUUGGGGUGAUGCUCCUAUACACACAUUGGCUGUAUCGAUACUUCUUCCUCAUAACAAACUAAAAUUUUUCUCGAAUACAGGAUACUUCCAUUCCCCUAAUCUUCAAUGCGAUGGAAGUCCCAGGAUGAUACGAGAUAACGAAUGCAUUUGCUCAUUGAAGGAAGAUUCGGCAUGGGAUGACCAAAGUUGUAUACCUAAGCUGUUUGAUAUACAUAAGGAUUGGGAAAGACCAUUUUAUGCUCCAAAGAACAAAUACAUACCAAUUCACGAUAAGCGAUUGCGGAUGAUUGAGCAAAAAAGGCAGGAGUUACAGAAAGGGGGAUUAUCAAAGGAAGAAAUAGAAAAGAAAUUGAAUGAAGAACUUCAGAGGGCACCUACGGAGGAGGAUAUGGUUAACGAAGAGGUUGAAAAGACCAAGAAGGCUAAGAUAAUCUCUUUGAAAAAGAAGAAAGAGGAACGGCUGAAGCAGAUGAUGAAGAUGAAGGAAGAGCAAGAGAAGAAGGGGGACAAUAAAGGGUGA